AUGGCCCUUCCCCUUCAACAACAUUCACCUUCCUCGGCUCAUCACUCCCGACACACUUCCACCACAAUGUCUUCUUCUCCACCAUCUCCAGCAUCAUCAUCUCCUCAUUCCUUGCACCUCCACGGCCAACUUAGGACCUUUCUCUCCGCCCUCAACAUUCACCCGUUACCAAGCAACCACCGUGAAUCACACCAAACCUGCAAGAAAUACAAGAAACAACCCAACCCUUUUCCCAAAUCACCACCAACAACUACCGCCAGGUCCACCAAGAAUGGCGACAUUGAAACGGCUGAGAAGUUGAUCGGGGAGAUGAGUUUGAACGGUCUUUACCCUGAUCUUAUUACGUACAUGGCAAUAAUGGAGGGAUUAUGUGAUGUGGGUCGCCCAGAGCAUGCUUAUUCUUUGCUUAAGGUUAUGAGAGUACAUAGAUGUUCAACCAAUUUGGUCCUUUUAUCAGCCAUUUUAAAUGGCUUGCGUAGGUCUGGAUCUAUGGAAAUGGUAUUGGAGUUGUUGGAUGAAAUGGAGAAAGGUGGGGAUUGCCGUCCAAAAUGUUGUUAG